CUUUCCUCAUCUCAAAAACAAAUAAAAUCUCUCAAACAUUGUUUCUCUCUCUAGCAUGCCAUCAAUUGAUAUAGAAGCUGCCUUCGCCUCAGUCCGCAGUACCAGUGGUCGCAAAGUCGCUUGCGAGCCACUCGGCGGCGACGAUCCCACCGUCGUCGCCGCCGAUGCGCCGCCGGAGUCGUUUUGGUUGUCUAAAGACGCCGAGUUCGACUGGUUCGAUCGUAACGCGUUUCUCGAGCGCAAGGAAUCAACUAAAGGAAGCGUCGUGAAUUCUAGUCACUCGAACUCGAAUUCGCAGCGAUUUUCGCAUAAUUUGAAGUCCAAGUCGAAGGCCGCGGCGAUUAUUGGAUUGCCGAAGACGCAGAAGAAUACUUUUUGCGAGCGGCGGAGGUGUAAGCCGCUGAAUGUUCGCUUGUUUCCGCCGAAAAGACCGGAGUCGGUGGGGAAGUCGACGGCGCAUAUGAACGAGCCGUCGUCGCCGAAGGUCUCGUGUAUAGGACGAGUCCGGUCGAAGAGGAUUCGCCGUCGUAAGCCGGAGAAGAAAGAUGGAAAACCGGCUGUGAGGACUGAACCGGAGCGUGUAGGUUUUUGCGGCGGUUUAUUUUCGUUGUUUCGGUCUGAUCGACGUGGAGCGGUUGCGAAAAGUGAAGAUUCAUCGGUGAAAUCGUCUUCACAUAGAAAGAAGAAUAGGAGUAAAAGGUGUGAGAAUGUUUCUGUAAGUAAUGAACCGGUGAUCGAACCGGCCGGUUUAGGUGGAAUGAAGCGGUUCGUGUCCGGUCGGCGUAUGGAGUCUUGGGGUGAAAUAGAAUCAUAGAAUGAACGGGUUAGGUAGUUAGGCGUGUUUUUGGUGAGCUGAGCUGGCGUCCUCGCCGGUUUUAUAGAUUUUUAUUUUAAAUUAUAUAUUGGUUGAAGUUGUAAAUAAUUUGUCUUUGUUUUCUUUAUUUGAGUGGAGCUGGGAAUCUGUUUCUUAGCUUUGUUUGAAAUAUAAUAUUUGGCAUCAUGUGAAAA